AUGUCGUCGAGACUAUGCGAUUCCUGCAAAUCGGCGGCGGCGACUCUGUUCUGCCGCGCCGACGCGGCGUUUCUCUGCGGAGAAUGCGACGGAAAGAUCCACACUGCGAACAAGCUCGCUUCGCGUCACGAGCGAGUCUGGCUAUGCGAGGUCUGCGAGCAAGCUCCGGCGCACGUCACGUGCAAAGCCGACGCCGCAGCGCUCUGCGUCACGUGCGAUCGUGACAUCCACUCCGCCAAUCCACUCUCCCGCCGCCACGAGCGCGUCCCCGUCACUCCUUUCUACGACGCUCCGGGAUCGGCCAGAUCCGCCUCGUCGGUCAAUUUCCUCGACGAAGAUGCUGACGUCAGCAUGGAAGCUGCGUCUUGGCUCUUACCGAAUCCGAGUAUCAAGGAAGGAGGAGGAGGAGGAGUAGAGAUCCGUAAUUUGUUCUCGGAUCUGGAUUACUCGGCGGUGGAUCCGAAAAUGGAGGCGUCGGAGAAUAGCUCCGGCAACGACGGAGUCGUUCCUGUGCAGAUGAAGAGCUCUCAAGUGAUGUUUCUUAACGACGACUACUUCAAUUUCGAUAUCUCCGCUUCCAAAACUCCACACGGUUUCAACUUCAUCAGUCAUACUGUUCCGUCAACAUCACUAGAUGUACCGUUGGUGCCUGAAGGCGGAGUGACGACGGAGCUAACAAACACGACGACGACGGCAACACCAGCGAUACAACUAUCUCCGGCGGAAAGGGAGGCUCGGGUUUUGAGGUACAGAGAGAAGAGGAAGAAUCGGAAAUUCGAGAAGACGAUUCGGUACGCAUCGCGUAAAGCAUACGCCGAGAUGAGGCCGAGGAUCAAAGGACGUUUUGCUAAGAGAACUGAUUCGAGAAGCAACGACGGAGGAGAUGUCGAAGUUUACGGCGGAUUCGGCGUCGUCCCGAGUUUUUGA